GAAGAAUGCCAAAUUAAAUAUUGUUUACCAAGACAAAAGAAGUAGAUAUGUCUGGAUUAGAGAACGAUAGCGUCGCUUAUUGCUUGCCAGGUGGGCUUGAUUUUCAGCGUGUUUACGUGAAGAUACAUGGCUAUAUAGCUUUAGUUAUCUGCAUCCUCGGCUCUAUUGCAAACUCUGUAAAUAUCGCUGUAUUAAGCCGGAAAGAGAUGACUUCUUCAACAAAUUCUAUACUGACAGCUCUCGCCGUCGCUGAUCUCUUAGUUAUGCUGGACUAUAUACCAUUUGCACUGCAUAUCUACAUUAAAAUUGGCACAGAAUUGAAUCGAAACUCAUACGCCUGGGCGGUAUUUGUAUAUUUUCAUUCAAUAUUUAGCCAAACGUUUCAUACGAUUUCUAUUUGGUUGACUAUAACACUCGCGGUUUGGAGGUUUAUUGCGAUAAAGUUUCCUCAAAAAAAUAGAACACUAUGUAAUAAACGAAAUACCAGUAUCGCUAUAGCUGUUGCAUAUGCAGUGUGCCCAAUAGCAUGCCUUCCAAUUUAUUUUGCAAUGAACAUACAAGAGGUGCCCCGGACAGAUGGAAAAACGAAUGUUACCAUGAACGAAACAAUAUCGUCUAAUACAUCUGAAGUAAGAGAGCCAAUGUAUGCUCUAACAAUGACAAAUAGCAAAGAAUUAUUAACAGCGAUAUUUUGGAUUUACAGUGUAUUUAUAAAACUCAUACCGUGUAUAGUGCUAUCAAUUUUAAGUGUUUGUUUAAUAUUAAAAAUGAAGUCAAGUGAUAGAAGACGACAGAAGUUAUUAAAGAAGUCGGCGAUUCCUUCAAAUGAGGGUGAGAAAACUCGUUUGAACGACGAUAACAAGAAGGGAGGAGGUGGUCGAACAGACCGCACCACUCGUAUGCUGGUAGCACUGUUAGGCCUGUUCCUGGCUACAGAGCUUCCGCAGGCUCUUUUUGGACUACUCACUGCGAUAGCGCCGCAAUUUUUUGAAAUAUGCUACUAUGCAUUUGGCGAAGUGAUGGAUUUAAUGGCGCUUGUGGGGUCAGCGGUGAACUUCGUACUAUACUGCAGUAUGAGUCGCCAGUUCCGAUCGACAUUUACGCGUCUCGCUAGGAAGGUUUUGUCCAUACCGGCACGGACGGAGAGAGAACCGCUUACUACGACAUCCACCGUGAAAGCGUAGCGUCAGCGAAACGCAGCCACUUUAGCUGCAAGCGUAUAAUAUAAUUUAUUAUACACAAUAUCCCGAGAGGAUUUCUAAUUUGAUGAUAAUUGAACGAUUAUUCUAGUCAUCUGGGUUUGAGUAAGCCACUUUCGUAUGUGGAAACACAUCUCUCAUUGAAUUCCAUUUGCAUAAAGUUCUCAAUAGAGUACAUAAACACA